CCUCACUGAGGCAGUGCAGGCAGCGACGGCGCCCGCUUUUUACGACUGGCCGGAAAGCAGCCGCGUACAGCCUGAACAACAUGGGGAAAAUCGCGCUGCAGCUCAAGGCCUCGCUGGAAAAUGUCACCAAUCUGCGGCCGGUGGGCGAGGACUUCCGGUGGUACCUGAAGAUGAAAUGCGGCAACUGUGGUGAGGUUUCAGAGAAGUGGCAAUACAUCCGGCUGAUGGACAGUGUGGCCCUGAAGGGAGGCCGUGGUAGUGCCUCCAUGGUCCAGAAGUGCAAGCUGUGUGCUCGGGAAAACUCCAUUGAGAUUUUGAGCAGCACUAUCAAGUCUUACAAUGCAGAAGACAAUGAGAAAUUCAAGACAAUAGUAGAGUUUGAGUGCCGGGGCCUUGAACCAGUUGACUUCCAGCCCCAGGCUGGCUUUGCUGCUGAGGGUAUGGAGUCAGGAACAGUCUUCAAUGACAUUAAUCUGCAGGAGAAGGACUGGACUGACUACGAUGAAAAGUCUCAGGAGUCAGUGGGGAUCUAUGAGGUCACCCACCAGUUUCUCAAGUGCUGAAUGCUUCCUGCACACUUGUCCCUAAGAACUGCGAAGAGACCAAGUGCCCAGGCAGCAACACCCAGAGCCUAGUCCCUCGGUUCCUUGCGCCCUGGUAGUUGCAUUAAGUCCUCCCAAUCCACAUGCCGGGCUUUGUCAUGGUUCCCAGAUCCCACCAGUGAAGCCCUCACUAAGUCCCCGUGGUGCAUGAAGAUAGAGCAAAGGAGCAGCCAUGCCCUCGACAAAUAACUAUGUACCCUGAAGGUCUUUGCCUUUCCACAGUUUAAAAACCUGUGACUGAUAGAAUUUGCAAAAUACAUAGGAAUACACAGCUUCUAAGGGCUCUCGGGCUCUUGAUCUAGGAGCAGGUCAACCCAGAGGAUAAAAGGCAUCAGAGCCAGGGGCAACAAAGAUAGAAAAACUUCCUUCGCUCUUGGAGUGAGUGGUGAAGAUAUCAGUCAAGACCCUCAUAUCUUAUAGGCCUGAGAUCUUCACACAGUAAAACAAAGUUGUUUGCUGCAGUGAGAAACCAGGGAGCUGCUGUUUGGAAAGUGUUGGGUUCUGCUGAAGACUUUUUUUUUUUGAGGGAGGCUGAGUCCUGCUAUAUAGCUCAGGCAGGCCUCUAAUUCACAACCCAUCUGCCUCCGUCUCUCAAAUACUGGGAUUACAGUGUAUACCACCAUAGCCAACAGAGCCUAGAAUUCUUUGGAAAUAAACAUUAUACCUUUGCUUCAUG